AGAGAUAGAUUAGGUUCUGAAUUUGAUAAAAACUAGUUCCCACCUUUCUUUUCAUGUCUCCAGAGAUUGUGGAUGCAACACUAGAAACAUGAAACAGAAAGAAUUGUCAACUUCUGAAGUUUGAAGUUUUUUGUUUGUUCCAAAAAUGGAACCAAGAAUUGAGUUGCUUUGUCUGGUUGUUUUUAUCCAAGUUUACAUCAUAGCAGCAGUUACUGAUAGUGGUGACGUUGCUGCUCUAAAUUCUCUCAAGGAUAUCUGGAGGAACUUACCCCUCAAUUGGGUGGGCUCAGAUCCUUGUGGUGAUGGCUGGGAAGGAAUUCAGUGCAUGAAUUCACGAGUCAGCUUGAUAACAUUGGGAAGCAUGGGCUUGGAAGGGCAGCUGUCUGAUGAUAUUUCAUCCUUAACUGAAUUACAGACUUUGGAUCUAUCUCAGAACCAGGGCCUGACAGGACCUCUUCCAGCCUCAAUUGGGAAUUUAAAGAAGCUAACAAAUUUAUACCUUAAUCGUUGUGGUUUCACUGGUCCAAUUCCUAACACGAUAGGAUCUCUACAACGGCUGGUCUAUUUAUCUCUAAAUUCCAAUAAAUUCAGUGGACAAAUUCCGCCAUCUAUUGGUCAUCUAUCGGAGCUAAAUUGGCUGGAUCUGUCUGACAACCAGCUAGAGGGAUCAAUUCCAGUGUCAGAUGGAACUACACCUGGACUUGAUAUGUUGGCCAAUACCCAGCACUUUCACUUCGGAAAAAAUAAACUCACAGGCGAAAUCCCGGAGCAAAUUUUCAGCUCAAAAAUGUCAUUGAUACAUGUGUUAUUUGAUGACAACGAACUCAGCGGCCCUAUCCCUUCAACCCUUGGACUUGUGCAAUCUUUGCAGGUGUUGGACUUGAGUAAUAAUCACUUCGACAUCUCUGGGAUUCCUACAUGGGUUUCAUCUUUGUCAUCCUUAGCAAUAUUGAGGAUGGAAAGCACUCAACUUCAAGGUCAUGUUCCUGUCGACCUCUUCAGCCUUCCAGAUUUGCAGAUUCUAGGACUAAAAGGGAACAAGCUAAAUGGCACCUUGAAUAUAGGUACGAAUGUUGGCAACCAGCUGAGCCUCGUAGAUUUGCAGAAUAAUGACAUUACUGAAUUCAAUGGAACAGGAGGACACAACAUUGAGAUAGAACUUACUGGUAACCCCAUUUGUCAAGAGACAGGACCAACAGAAACUUACUGUGAACCCCCACAAUCCACAUCCUUGUUUAAUACCCCUCGCUCCUACUGCUCGUCCGCUAAAUGCAGUUCAGACCAGGUUUCUAGCACCACAUGCAAAUGUGCAUAUCCAUAUACAGGAACUCUAAUUUUUAUAGGAAUUUUCUUCUCAGACUUGGGGAACUCAGCCGCAUAUAAAGCUCUACAGGAAUCUUUGAUGCUGUGCUUCCAGUCCAAUCAACUUCCUGUUGAUUCAGUUUCACUAAGUAAUCCAAGAAUGGAAUCUUCUACAUUUCUUUCUUUGAACUUUAGUGCUUUUCCAUAUGACCGAGCUAGUUUCAAUCGAACAGUAGUUUCUAGGAUUACAUUUUUAUUUAGCAACAGAUCUUUCAAGCCACCACCUUCUCUUUUUGGACCUUAUUUUUUCGAAAGUGAUGAGUACAACUACUUUUCAGAUGAACCUAAAGACACCAAAAAAUCAACUAUUGUCAUCAUCAUCGGAGCAGCUGGUGGGGGAUCUGUGCUUCUGCUACUUUCACUGCUUGCUGGGGUUUAUGCUUUUCGCCAAAAGAAGAAGGCAGAAAGGGCAAGCAUAAAGAGCGACCCUUUUGCACGCUGGAAUGUUAUGAAAAACAACGGUAGCAUUCCUCAGUUAAAAGGCGCAAGAUGUUUCUCUUUUGAGGAGCUUAAAAAAUAUACAAAUAACUUUUCGGAGGCUAAUUAUAUUGGAUCUGGGGGUUAUGGAAAGGUUUAUAAGGGAACUCUUCCCAAUGGAAAGCUAAUUGCGAUCAAACGAGCCCAACAAGGAUCAAAGCAGGGCGUGCUGGAAUUCAAAACAGAGAUUGAACUUUUAUCUAGAGUCCAUCAUAAGAACAUUGUUGGUCUAUUAGGAUUUUGUUUUGAGCGACAUGAACAAACGCUAAUAUAUGAAUAUGUUCCAAAUGGUAGUUUGAAUGAAACUCUAUCAGGAAUGUCAAGAAUCAGAGUGGAUUGGACCAAGCGACUCAAGAUAGCCCUUGAUACAGCUAGAGGCCUGACAUAUCUGCAUGAACUUGCCAAUCCUCCCAUCAUACAUAGGGACAUUAAAUCAGCUAACAUAUUAUUGGAUCAACACCUCACUGCUAAAGUUGCCGAUUUUGGUCUUUCCAAGCCUAUAAGUGAUAGUGAAAAAGGUCAUGUUACUACUCAAGUCAAAGGUACAAUGGGUUACAUGGAUCCUGAAUAUUAUAUGACCCACCAACUAACUGAAAAGAGUGAUGUUUAUAGUUUUGGGGUGCUUUUGUUGGAGCUAAUAACUACAAGAAAACCAAUAGAGCGAGGGAAGCAUAUUGUAAAAGAAGUGAGAAUGGCAAUGGAUAAGGCAAAAGACUUGUAUAGUCUUCAUCAGAUUCUUGACCCAGUCAUUUUGGAUGAAAGCCUAAAAGGUUUAGAAAAGUUCGUGGACCUAGCAAUGAGCUGUGUGGAAGAAUCAGGAGUUGAUAGGCCUAAAAUGAGUGAAGUGGUAAAAGAGAUUGAAAACAUCAUGCAGAUUGCUGGGAUGAAUCCCAACGUUGAGACACCCACAAGUUCAUCAAGUUAUGAGGGGCUAUCCAAGGGAAGUCCCUUCCAUCCAUUCAGCAAUGAAUCCUCUGCUAAUAGUAGCACAUUUGUAGCUUCAAAUUAAGGUUUGAACCUAUAUUGAGUUUGAUUUUAGUUUUUAGAGCAUUGAACAGCUUUUGCGUCUACCACUCAGUUUGACAGAAGGAUCUAUAUAUUUGUGUGUAAGAAAAUUAAGACGUCUUA